CGGGGGCGGGGCGUGCCCGCAGUCCGCGGGUGCUGCGGGGCGGGCGGGGACAAGAUGGCGACGGUGCGGGCCGUGUGCGUGAUGCGGGGCGAGGGGGCUGUGGAGGGCGUCAUCCACUUCGAGCAGCAGGGUACUGGACCGGUGAAAGUCACUGGGAAAAUCACUGGAUUGGCCGAUGGGGAGCACGGCUUCCACGUCCAUGAGUUCGGUGACAACACCAAUGGGUGCACCAGUGCUGGCCCCCACUUCAACCCGGAGCGGAAGCAGCACGGGGGGCCCAGCGAUGCCGAGAGGCACGUGGGAGACCUGGGCAAUGUGACUGCCAAAGGAGGCGUGGCCGAAGUGGAGAUCCAGGAUCCCGUCAUUUCCCUCUCUGGACCACACUGCAUCAUUGGCCGUACCAUGGUGGUGCAUGAGAAGCGGGAUGACCUGGGCAGAGGGGGAGAUAACGAGAGCAAGUUAACUGGAAACGCAGGGCCCCGCUUGGCCUGUGGAGUGAUUGGGAUUGCCAAGAGCUAAGUGUGGUACCUGCAGUGCUCUUCCAUUGCUGCUCUUGCCCUUCCUCGUGCAAGCUCAAGAUUGUCAUUAAUCUCCUGCUCCUCUGCAUCCCGAGCAGCACUGACACGCUGGAGACUUGACAGAGUUUUGUAUGAUGUACAUUCAAUUAAAGUGUCCCUGACGGAAUGGCUCUGUGGUCUCUGCUCACGCUCCUGCUGUCACCAUUCCGUGUCACUCCCUGCUGUCGGAGGGAAGAUGUGAGUAGUGCUCCUGUCCCAGACCCCGGAUGAGUCCCAUGCGCUCUGGCAAAGAGCAGCAGCCCCCAGGUGUGUCAGGGCUUCAUCCUGGGGAAGGUGCAGCAUCUGUAGGCUUCAAACUUGUGUAAUAAAUGUUCUGGGCAGAUAA